GUGUGUGUGGAAUGGAUGUCCCGCACCACUGACAAACAGCUGUCUCGGCACGGUUUCUAAUAAUGGACUUUGAAACGAAGAUUUAUACCAGAAUCGGUGGAUAUGGACGAUAUAACCGAAUUGUUUCCAUAUUCAGCUGGUUUCCGAACUUUGCUGUGAUGCUGAAUCUUUUUUGCGACGUUUUUUACACACUUAUUCCCGGGUCGUACCACUGUAAACCCGACCCGACCCUUUUACCUUCAUCUUUUCUUUUCAGUAAUUAUUCCAGACAAGGGUAUCUACAUUUUGCCAUACCGUGGGUGGAUGGCUCUGGACUGAGUCACUGUGAACUUUAUAAAUACCCUAGAAACGUCUCCAACUUCAUAGACAGCAUUCCAAAGGAGAUAGUGCCAUGUACGAGAGGAUGGGAGUACGACCAAGCUGCGGCGCUUCAAAGCAACUACGUUACAGAGUGGAACCUAGUGUGUGGGGACUACUGGAAGAUUCCUCUGCAGCACAUCUGCUUCAUGACAGGGUGGAUUGUGGGAUAUGUCCUCCUGGGCACAGUGUGUGACUGGUUGGGUCGUCGACAGGGCUUCCUGCUGUCUGUGUCUCUGUCCGGUCUGUUAGGAGUAGCUGUGUGUCUGUCCAACAGCCCUGUAGUGUUUCUGCUGCUACGCCUGUCUCAAGGCGCCAUGUUGGCUGGGGUCUUCCUCUCCUCUUACCUCGCCAGACUGGAGCUGUGUGACCCUCCCCAUCGUCUCAUGGUUGAAAUGGUCAGUGGCUUCUUUGCCGUCGCGGCAGAGCUCUUGUUGCCAGGGCUGGCGGUGCUGUGUCGUGAUUGGCCAGUUCUUCAAGCAGUGGCAACCUUGCCACUGCUCCUGCUGCUCUCCUAUUGGUGCUGUCCAUCAGUGUUUCCAGAGUCUCCCCGCUGGCUUCUGGCCACAGGUCAGAUCCACCAGGCUAAGAGGUGUCUCCAGAGCUUCUCCACCAGGAACGGAGUGUGUCUCCGUGAGGACAUCUACCCUGCUGAGAACCUGCUCUCAGAGAUAGAUGCGGAGUACCCAGAUGAUACCCAGCCUGGCUACCACUCAGUCCUGGAGUUGCAUUCCACCCGAGUGAUCUGGAGGAACUGCCUCAUCCUUAGCUUUACUAUGUUCAUUGGCACAGGCAUCCAGUACUGUUUCACCAGGAACCUCCGCAGCUACUCCCACAACUUCUACUUUAGUUACUUCCUGCGUGUGCUGACUGGAGCUCUGGGCUGUAUCUUCCUCUGCCUGUCCGUCAACCGCUUUGGUCGCCGUGGUAUCCUGCUGCUGUCUGCCAUUAUCACCGGCCUGUCCUCACUGCUGCUGCUGGCCCUCACACAGUAUCUGCGUGGAGUGCUGGUGUUGGUGCUGUCUGUGCUGGGGCUCCUCUUCUCCCAGGCCCUGGCCAUGCUCAGUGCAUUCUUCGCCAGUGAGGUCAUGCCCACCGUAGUCCGUGGUGGUUGUCUGGGGCUGGUGCUAGCGGCUGGCUGUAUGGGCAUGGCUGCCUCCUCUAUGAUGGAGCUCCAGAACAACAGGGGUUACUUCCUCCACCACGUCAUCUUCGCCUCCUUCGCCGUCCUCUCAGUGCUGUCCAUCAUGCUGCUGCCGGAGAGCAAGCGCAAGCCGCUACCCGACUCCCUGAAGGACGGAGAGAGCCAGCGACGGCCCCCUCUCUUCCUGUCCCGUGAAGACAACCUGCCCCUGCUCUAUACCCGCCGCCGAGCUUCCGAGUACAGCCCUGAUAACUACUCACGCCUGGUCUCCGCCACCAGGAAGAUGCUCAUCAAAGACAAUUUACCCUAUAAGAUCGUCGUGCCCUCCCAGCCCCCACUGCUGCCUUCCAACGGCGAGGUGCACUGCAUACUGGAGGAAGAGGCACUAAGAGAAGACUUGUCCUAGCAGCCUCUAACUACCAUCCUCCUCUCCCACAGAGAGACCUCGCCUCAAACCCACUGGAUAUCUCUCCCUCGUAUCAUCCACUGGGCUAGCUGGCUGGUUCCCUUUCACCAGACUGAGACACAGUGAUCCAGACUCGUAUCGCUCUGAACGACGGCUCUUUGUGAAUAUUUUGAAGGGGAGAGUUGGAGAUGAUAUGUGUAUUUACUGUGUCUUUUUUUUGUGUUGUGCCAAAUGUUUCAAACUAUACAAAAAAACAAUGUGUGUGUACUUGCACAGACUCUACUGAAAGACUA